AUGGUGGACGUGCUGGCGGACCACGCGGGCGAGCUCGUGCGCACCGACAGCCCCAACUUCCUCUGCUCCGUGCUGCCCUCGCACUGGCGCUGCAACAAGACGCUGCCCGUCGCCUUCAAGGUGGUGGCACUGGGGGAUGUGCCAGAUGGAACCGUAGUGACCGUGAUGGCAGGCAACGAUGAGAACUACUCCGCUGAACUGCGCAAUGCCUCUGCCGUCAUGAAGAACCAGGUGGCCAGAUUCAAUGACCUUCGCUUCGUGGGCCGCAGUGGGCGAGGGAAGAGUUUCACACUGACCAUCACUGUGUUCACCAACCCUACCCAAGUGGCCACUUACCACCGAGCCAUCAAGGUGACCGUGGAUGGACCCCGAGAGCCCAGACGGCACCGGCAGAAGCUGGAGGACCAGACCAAGGUGUUCCCCGACCGCUUUGGGGACCUGGAACGGCUGCGCAUGCGGGUGACACCGAGCACGCCCAGCCCCCGCGGCUCACUCACCACCACAAGCCACUUCAGCAGCCAGGCCCAGACCCCAAUUCAAGGUACCUCGGACCUGAACCCAUUCUCCGACCCCCGCCAGUUUGACCGCUCCUUCCCAGCGCUGCCGACCCUCACGGAGAGCCGCUUCCCUGACCCCAGGAUGCACUACCCGGGGGCCAUGUCUGCCGCCUUCCCCUACAGCGCCACGCCCUCGGGCACAAGCAUCAGCAGCCUGGGCGUGGCGGGCAUGCCGGCCACCAGCCGCUUCCACCACACCUACCUCCCGCCGCCCUACCCCGGGGCUCCGCAGAACCAGAGCGGGCCCUUCCAGGCCAACCCGUCCCCCUACCACCUCUACUACGGCGCCUCGUCCGGCUCCUACCAGUUCUCCAUGGUGGCCGGGGACGGCGGCGGGGGCGAGCGCUCGCCCACCCGCAUGCUGGCCUCCUGCACCAGCAGCGCCGCCUCGGUCGCGGCCGGCAACCUCAUGAACCCCAGUCUGGGUGGCCAGAGCGACGGCGUGGAGGCCGACGGCAGCCACAGCAACUCGCCCACUGCCCUGAGCACGCCGGGCCGCAUGGACGAGGCCGUGUGGCGGCCCUACUGA